AUGCUUGUGCGUAUUCGGUGCAAGGAUGGACAGUUUCGGUAUACGCUCGAUGAGAACGAUACCGUCGAUGUGCUUGUACAGCACCUUCUGGCGUCUAUCGAGGCCGAUCCAGCGACGCUGGCGCUCGCAGAUGCGCCACGCGGCGAAGGUCGAUCCGUCGCGCAGCUGCAGGGCUCGACUCUGAAAGCACUCGGGAUUACACAUGGCCAGCUUUUGUAUGCCGAGUACGAAACGCCUACUGGCGCGGGGGCUUCUGCGUCGCCUGCCACGUCGGCCCAGCCGACGCAGCCGACGGCACCUACUACGUCAUCUGUGCGUAUGGACGACGUGGAUACCUACUGGGCCCAGCAGCGGGGCCUAAUUCAAAGGGCGCGUGAUCCGCAGUUCUGCCGGCAUGGCGAAAAGGGGAUGUGUGAUUAUUGUAUGCCAUUGGAACCGUACGACGCUGGCUACCAAGCAGAGCACAAUAUCAAGCACUUGUCGUUCCAUGCCUACUUACGGCAACAAAACAUCUCGACGUCCACUGCGUCGACGUCGUCGACCUACAUCCCACCGCUGGAGGAAGUCAACUACCGCGUGCUCACGCCUUGCCCGUCCGGCCACCAUGCGCCAUGGCCCGCGGGAAUUUGUACCAAGUGCCAACCCUCGGCGAUUACGCUGCAGCGCCAGGUGUACCGCAUGGUCGACCAUGUUGAAUUUGCGCACCCAUCGCUCAUCGACCAUAUGCUGGAAACGUGGCGAAAGACGGCGAUGCAGCGAUUUGGGUUCUUGCUGGGCCAUUAUGAGCCGUACGACAAAGUGCCCAUGGGCAUCAAGGCCGUAGUCGAAGCGAUUCAUGAGCCGCCACAGGCGGGCGAGAUGGACGGCCUGACGUUGGGAUGGCCGUGGGACGAUCAAGAUCGGAUUACCGCGCUUGCGCAGCGAUGUGGCUUGCAGAUUGUCGGUAUGAUUUACACCGAUCUGGAGGCAGCGGAUCCGACGCAUACCGAUGCGACCAAGGCGGGGCUGGUCGCGUGCAAGCGCCAUGCCGAUAGCUUUUUCCUCAGUGGCCAGGAAGCGCUCUUUGCGGCCCAGUGGCAAGCGCAGCGACGCAGUGCCUGCCGCUGGAGCAAGAGCGGUGUGUGGAAUAGCAAGUUUGUGACGUGUGUGCUGUCGGGCAACACGGAAGGGGAGAUUGAUGUGGCGGCGUACCAGGUCAGUGAGCAGGCAAUGGGGAUGGUCGAAGCGGAUAUGAUCGAGGCGAGUGUGCACCCCACGAUUAUCCGUGUGAAGCCGAACGACGCGACGCGGUACGUCCCUGAUGUGUUCUAUCGGUAUACCAACAAGUACGGCAUCGACGUCAAGGAGCGUGCCUCACCGACCUUCCCUGUGGAGUACCUGCUGACGACCAGUACGCAUGGCUUCCCCACCGACCCCUCUCCCCGCUUCCUCUCGCAUGCGUUUGCGAUUGAAAAUCGGCCAGGUUUGCAUGACCAGUCGUUGGACGAUGUGUGGCGUGCCAUGCAUGCCUUCCUUCCGCUUGAAUCAGACACGCAGCGGACCGAUCUCAUGCAGUGGCUGAGCGAUUGGCAUCUCCUGGCCUUCCUGGGCCAAAGUGGGUUCCUCUCCGACGAGGAAAUGCAGUGGGCCUGCGACGUCGCGACCCAUCACGAUACGGGUGCGCGAUUGGAUCAAUUGCUUGCGUCGUCCGGCUGGCAAACGCUGUGUGCCAUUGCGCGCGAGCAUGCACCGCGCGUCUCGAACGACGAGCACGACGCAGAUAUGACAGCGGCUAUGGCGCAGAGCCUCGCGGAGAGCACACAGCCGCCGGCGUCCGGCGACGCCCACGCGGAGAGCCAAGGCACCGCAUGCCCUCACUGCACGUUCCUCAAUCCACCUGGUCAUACAGACUGCGAUGUAUGUGGGCUACCGCUCUAA